GAUUCCUCCUCAGAUUGGGAAUCUCUCAGAUCGGGAAUCUCUCUAAGCUUCGAUAUCUUGACUUGAGCGCCAAUUAUUUUGAAGGUAUGGCAAUUCCUUCUUUCCUUUGUGCAAUGACCUCCUUGACUCACCUCGACCUCUCUUCUGGAUUCAUGGGGAAGAUUCCAUCUCAGAUUGGGAAUCUCUCCAAUUUGGUCUAUCUUGGCCUUGGAGGUAGAUAUGAUCUGUUAGCUGAAAAUGUAGAAUGGGUAUCAAGUAUGUGGAAGCUUGAAUAUCUUCAUUUGAGUUAUGCAAACCUAUCCAAAGCAUUUCAUUGGCUACACACUCUCCAAUCUCUUCCUUCUUUGACCCACCUAUAUUUGUCAGGAUGCUUACUCCCUCACUACAAUGAACCAUCCUUGCUCAACUUCUCAUCUCUGCAAACUCUCCAUCUUUCCGUUACUAGUUAUUCCCCUGCCAUUUCUUUUGUCCCCAAGUGGAUAUUCAAAUUGAAGAAACUUGUUUCUCUUCAAUUACUGGAUAAUGGCAUCCAAGGUCCGAUUCCUGGUGGUAUCCGAAACCUCACACUUCUUCAAAAUCUUGACUUGUAUGAAAAUUCAUUCUCAUCUUCUAUACCUGAUUGCUUAUACGGUCUUCAUCGUCUCAAGUCUUUGGACCUAAGUUCCAGCAACUUGCAUGGGACUAUUUCUGAUGCCUUGGGAAAUUUGACUUCUCUUGUUGAACUUGAUUUAUCAGGUAAUCAACUUGAAGGAAACAUUCCAACUUCUUUGGGUAAUUUGACUUCUCUUGUUGAACUUGAUUUAUCAGGUAAUCAACUUGAAGGAAACAUUCCAACUUCUUUGGGUAAUUUGACUUCUCUUGUUGAACUUGAUUUAUCAGGUAAUCAACUUGAAGGAAACAUUCCAACUUCUUUGGGUAAUUUGACUUCUCUUGUUGAACUUCAUUUGUCAUAUAGUCAACUUGAAGGAAACAUUCCAACUUCUUUGGGUAAUCUCUGCAACUUAAGGGUGAUAGAUUUAUCAUAUCUCAAACUCAACCAACAGGUUAAUGAACUUUUAGAAAUUCUUGCUCCUUGUAUUUCCCAUGGACUCACAACACUUGCAGUUCAGAGUUCACGACUUUCAGGCAAUCUGACAGAUCAUAUUGGGGCAUUUAAAAAUAUUGACACGUUACUUUUUUCCAACAACUCAAUUGGUGGUGCUCUUCCUAGAUCAUUUGGAAAACUUUCAUCAUUAAGAUAUCUCGAUCUCUCUAUGAAUAAAUUCAGUGGAAAUCCAUUUGAAAGUCUUCGAUCACUCUCUAAAUUGUUAUCUCUUCAUAUUGACGGCAAUCUUUUUCACGGAGUUGUCAAGGAAGAUGAUCUUGCAAAUCUUACAAGCUUGACGGAGUUUGUCGCAUCGGGGAACAAUUUCACUUUAAAAGUGGGUCCCAAUUGGAUUCCUAAUUUUCAACUUACCUAUUUGGAAGUGACAUCAUGGCAGUUAGGUCCCAGCUUUCCAUUGUGGAUUCAGUCACAAAACCAACUUCAUUAUGUUGGACUAUCUAACACGGGGAUUUUCGAUUCUAUUCCCACACAGAUGUGGGAAGCACUUUCUCAGGUUUUGUAUUUAAACCUCUCUCGUAAUCAUAUCCAUGGUGAGAUUGGGACUACAUUAAAGAAUCCAAUAUCUGUCCCAACUAUUGAUCUAAGCUCAAAUCACUUGUUUGGUAAAUUACCCUAUCUUUCAAGUGAUGUGUCUCAGUUAGAUCUUUCAAGCAAUUCAUUCUCUGAAUCCAUGAAUGACUUUUUAUGUAACGAUCAGGACGAGCCAAUGCAAUUAGAAUUUCUGAAUCUUGCAUCAAAUAAUUUGUCAGGAGAGAUACCUGAUUGCUGGAUGAAUUGGACAUCUCUUGUGGAUGUAAAUUUACAAAGCAACCAUUUUGUUGGGAACUUACCCCAAUCCAUGGGUUCCUUGGACCUGCAGUCUUUACAAAUUCGUAACAACACACUCUCAGGAAUAUUUCCAACCAGUUUGAAGAAGAAUAACCAAUUGAUAUCCUUGGACCUUGGGGAAAAUAAUCUUUCAGGAACUAUUCCAACAUGGGUUGGAGAAAACCUCUUAAAUGUGAAAAUCCUUCGCCUUCGAUCAAACAAUUUUGCCGGCCACAUUCCAAAUGAAAUAUGCCAGAUGAGUCAUCUUCAGGUUUUAGACCUUGCACGAAACAAUCUGUCUGGCAAUAUACCGAGCUGUUUCAGUAACUUGAGUGCCAUGACACUAAUGAACCAAAGUACAGAUCCUCGUAUCUAUUCUGUAGCUCCUUGGAGUCCAGAUUACUCUUCCGGAGUUAGUAUAGUUAGUGUGCUACUAUGGCUGAAAGGAAGAGGAGAUGAGUACAGAAACUUUCUGGGUUUGGUAACAAGCAUUGAUCUGUCAAGUAACAAGUUAUUAGGGGAAAUACCAAGAGAAAUCACAUAUCUAAAUGGAUUGAAUUUUUUAAACUUGUCCCACAACCAAUUGAUUGGUCAUAUUCCACAAGAUAUAGGUAAUAUGAGAUCAUUACAGUCCAUUGAUUUUUCGAGGAAUCAACUUUCUGGUGAAAUCCCUCCAAGCAUUGCAAAUUUGAGCUUUCUGAGCAUGCUAGACUUGUCUUAUAAUCAAUUGAAGGGAAAUAUUCCAACAGGAACUCAAUUGCAAACCUUUUAUGCCUCCAGCUUCAUCGGCAACAAUCUAUGUGGUCCACCACUGCCCAUAAACUGCAGCUCCAAUGGGAAAACCCAUAGUUAUGAAGGAAGUGAUGGGCAUGGAGUGAAUUGGUUUUUUGUCAGUAUGACAAUUGGAUUUAUUGUGGGAUUCUGGAUAGUGAUUGCUCCUUUGCUGAUUUGUAGAUCAUGGCGGUAUGCCUAUUUUCAUUUCCUUGAUCAUGUGUGGUUCAAACUUCAAUCUUUUCGCUCAGGUAGUAUCACUGUUUAGUGUUGCUUAGAAUACUCCGAAGUUUUAUCAUUGUAUUGGCAGGUUGAUCAAUUUGUAGUCAUUGCUAUCUUCUUUUUUUUU